UAAAAUAGUUUCCUAACCCCAAGAUUCAAAUUUUGGAGGAGGGAAACACCAUAAUUUCAAAAUCCCACUCCACUCCGAAUCUUUCUCUCUCUAAACUGUAUAUCCCCAAACUUCAAUAACGAUAGAAAUGGCUGAAACCCUAAGCCCAAGCCCGAAACAGAGGGCUCCAUUCUCCCCGACGAAGAGCCCAUUCUUCAUCGGCUCCAAUGACGACAAACUCGAACGCGCUCAGGCACGCGCGGCACGCGCCGCCGCCAUCCGACGCAAGCCCGCUUUCGCGACCACCUCCGUCUCCUCUGCACCCGACCCAUGCCUCGGGAAAGAUCAGAUUCUCGAGUUAUUUCAGAACUGCAUCAAACUCGCCAGCGAAAAUAAAAUUACUCAGAAAAAUACGUGGGAGCUGAAUUUGAUAGAUCAUCUUUGCGAGAUUAUCAAGGUCGAAGAAGAAAAUGAUGCAGAGACCAAUUUUCAAAAGGCGAGUUGUACUCUGGAAGCUGGGGUUAAGAUUUAUUCUAUGAGAGUGGAUAGUGUACAUUCAGAGGCAUAUAAAGUCCUUGGAGGAAUUAAUCGGGUUGGGCAAGAAGAUGAACAAGAUAAUGGCGUUGAGGGUGCCAAUGUCGGUAACGAACAAGGUGAAAACAAUGGGAAGAAGGAGCAAGGGAGAAAGUUAUCACCUUUGUCGACACUAGAGUCAUCUUUUGCUGCUAUAAAUGUAAAGAAGUUCGAUGUUGCCUUCGUGGUGGAUCCUCUCUACCACCAGACAUCUGCACAGUUCGAUGAAGGUGGAGCGAAGGGUCUUUUGUUGAACAAUCUUGGUGUUUAUGGUAAUUGUCGGGUCCUUUUUGACUCUUUGGAAGUACCUGGAAAGUGCCUUUCUCCGGCUUCUAAAUGUGAUAGUGUAGAGACGAUUGACUUGUCUUUUGCUAGUGAGUGCAUUGAACAGAUGGUGGCGAACAUGCUUAACAAGUCAGAAAUAUCUCCCAGCCUUAGUGAUAUAGUGAAUCAAUUUGAUAACGAUGACCAAAGACCGUCUGAGUCAUAUUCAUCCGAUCAAAGUUACUCCGGACAAGUAAACGAGAGUACCAACAUGAAUGUUGACUUAGAUGGUGAUUCAUUUGGCAAUACUGGAACUUGGGACUUUGACAAUGAUGAUCAAUCAAGUGUUGUAGAUGACGGCACAUAUGAUCAAGAUACAAGUUUCGCAAAUCAAGAAGUUUCUGAUUCGGCUGAUAAAGAAUUAAACGGUCAUGAACCUGACGAGGAUGGUAGAUUUGAGGAAGUUGAUAGCUAUCUAUUCUUAAGUUUAGGAUUUUCAACGAAGCAAAAUGCGUGGGCGGGUCCCAAUCAUUGGAAAUACCGAAAAGUCAAAGAUACUGAGGUUCCGGCUGAAGAAACAGGAUCACCAAAGGCCAAGAAAACGAGAAACAAGAAAGCAGAUACGGAUAUUGAAUUUUCAAAUGCAAUGGACACCGAUCUUUCACAAAUCUUUGCUCCUCCGAAGAAUCCCAAAUCCCUAUUACUGCCAGCAAAUAGAGCACCUUGCAACACAAAGCUUCCAGAAGAUUGUCAUUACCAACCGGAGGAUCUUGUGAAACUUUUUUUGUUACCUCAUGUUUUGUGCCUUGGAAAGAGUGGAAAGAAGAGAACUGAUGAAGAAAGUCAACAAAGAGAUGGAUUUGGAGCUACAGCAUCUUGGGAUGAUGAAGAUGGUUUUGAUGGUGGUUUUAAUGACGAACAUGCUUACAGUGAUAACGAGGAGCCAAGUGCACUUGUUUCUCAACCUCGACAGGUAAAUAAGAUCGAGGUCAAGUACGAUAAGACAUCCAAACAAGUCGAUGUGCAAGCACUAAAAGAAACGCUGUGGGACCAUAUACAACAAUUGAAUCAAGACUCGGUUGAGGUUGAAGCACCAGAAGAAGAAACGGUAUCUUUCAAGCAAGCCUUGUCCAGUUUCCCAGAUGACUGUAGAGCAGCAGCAUCUCUUAACGAGAUAUCGCCUCAUUUGUGCUUCAUAUGCCUUUUGCAUCUGGCUAAUGAGCAUGGAUUGCGAAUUCUCGGCAGCCCUAAUUUGGAUGAUCUUAAAAUACAGAUUAAACAUCAGAACGACACGGUUUAAGGUGACUCACGAUCGAAGCUCCACUUACCUAACGCUGUUUUUUAUUGCUUAUAUGUGCAUCAUGUGUAGAUUACAUCUUAGGAUUUUUUUUCCUUUUUUUUUUUUUGUAUUAUCUCUAAACGAAAUAGAGUCUUACGUGUUGUAGUAAACUUCUAUUCGAAAUUGUAAAGACAAAAACGAAAAGAUGAUCGGAAUUGAGUGAUCGGGUUGCCUUUGAUGUUGAUUUGUUUGGGAUGCUGUUGUAUUAUCUUUUGGUGGCACAUUGUAAUUGGUAAAUGUUUAACAAUUUGAGUAU